AUGGUGUUUUACCAUCGUUACAGUAUAGUAAUGGACCUCUUUUUAAUUGAUCUGACUUGGAAACAAUUCAGAAACUUUCAGUCAGACUUGGGAAUAUGCGCGAAACAAUCUGUGAUGAUAAAGUGGCGAGGCGAAGUUAUAAACCGACAAGUACACAUCACCUACAACUCCACUUAUAAUGUUCCGGUGCUUUGGUUCAAUUUUUACCGACGAGAUAAUAACGGUACACAACUGAGGAGAAUUUUAACAACUCAAUUGAAGGAGAUUAUAAACAAUGACGAUGCAUCAAAUAUCGCAGAGUAUAUUUCUCUCAACGAGCAUCCCUUUUUGGGUGUGCUAUUCUAUAACAUUCACCCAUGCAAAACCAAGGACAUUAUGAAUGAGCUCAGCGGCAAAGGCAACUAUAUAGCUAAGUAA